ACACCCGCUCCUUUACAUAGCAUUUGUUGUACAGACCUUGCUUUUAAAAAUAAAGCAUAAAGAGUGUAUUAAUGAAACAAUGUAAAAACACUUUUUCCCCCCCUGCCUUCUGGGGCAAUAGAUAAUUACAACUGGAAGAGAGAAAAUGGAAAAGCAAAAGCCUUUUAAAUUGUUUGUACCACCAAGAUUAAGUAGCAGUCAAGUAUCUGCAGUGAAACCUCAGAGUUUGGGAGGAGAGUCUAAUUUCUUCAAGAGUUUCAGCAAAUAUAUUGAAGAUGAUUUUAGUUUUCCAUUUCCAAUGACUAAUCUCUCAAAAAAUGGGGAAAACAUUGAUUCAGAUCCAGCUUUACAAAAAGUUAAGUUUUUGCCCAUGCUUGAACAGGUUGAUAAUUCUGACAGUUGUCACUACCAGGAAGGCCUGAAAGACUCUGAUUUUGAGAAUUCAGAGCCAAUGAGCAGACUAUAUUCAAAACUGUAUAAGGAGGCUGAAAAGAUCAAGAAGUGGAAAGUGAAUGUAGAAUCUGAAUUGAAGCAAAAAGAAAAUAAGUUGCAAGAAAAUAGAAAGAUAAUUGAAGCACAGCGGAAAGCCAUUCAGGAACUACAGUUUGAAAAUGAAAAAGUAAGUUUGAAAUUAGAAGAAGGAAUUCAAGAAAAUAAAGAUUUAAUAAAAGAGAAUAAUGCUACAAGGCAUUUGUGUAAUUUGCUCAAGGAAACCUGUGCCAGAUCUGCAGAAAAGACAAAGAAAUAUGAAAAUGAACGAGAAGAAACGAGGCAAGUAUAUGUGGAUCUAAAUAAUAAUAUUGAGAAAAUGAUAAUAGCUUUUGAGGAACUUCGUGUACAAGCUGAGAAUUCCAGAUUGGAAAUGCAUUUUAAAUUAAAAGAAGAUUAUGAAAAAAUACAGCACCUUGAAGAGGAAUACAAGAAGGAAGUAAAUGACAAGGAAAAGCAGGUAUCACUGCUAUUGCUCCAAAAUACUGAGAAAGAAAAUAAAAUGAAAGAUUUAAUAUUUCUGCUAGAGGAAUCCAGAGAUAAAGUUAAUCAAUUAGAGGAAAAGACAAAAUUACAGAAUGAAAACUUAAAAGAAUCAAAUGAGAAGCAGGAUCAUUUGACAUCAGAACUAGAAGAUAUUAAAAUGUCUUUGCAAAGAAGUGUGAGUACUCAAAAGGCUUUAGAGGAAGAUUUACAGGUAGCAACAAAAAAAAUAUAUCAGCUCACUGCUGAAAAAGAAGCUCAAAUGGAAGAAUUUAAUAAAGCUAAAGCUGGUCAUUCAUUUGUGGUUACUGAACUUAAAACUUCUAUCUGCAACUUGAAAGAAUUAUUGACAACAGAACAACAAAGAUUGGAAAAAAGUGAUGAUCAAUUGAGAAUACUUACUGUGGAGCUUCAGAAGAAAUCAAGUGAACUGGAAGAGAUGACUAAGCUUAAAAAUAACAAAGAACUAGAACUUGAAGAAUUGAAAAAAAUCUUGGCAGAAAACCAAAAGCUUUUAGAUGAAAAGAAACAAUUUGAGAAGAUUGCUGAAGAAUUAAAAGGAGCAGAACAAGAACUAACUGGUCUUCUCCAAACCAGAGAGGAAAAAGUACAUGAUUUGGAAACACGGUUAACUGCCAUUGUGUCAAGUGAACAGCAUUAUUCCAAACAGGUUAAAGAGCUGAAAACUGAGCUUGAAAAUGAGAAGCUUAAGACUACUGAACUAAAUGCAAGCUGCAACAGGCUUUCACUGGAGAACAAAGAACUAGCACAAGAAGCAAGUGAUAUGGCCCUAGAAAUCAAGAAACAGCAAGAAGAUAUUGAUAAUAGCAAAAAGCAAGAAGAAAGGAUGUUGAAACAAAUAGAAAAACUGGAAGAAACGGAAACACAGUUAAGAAAUGAACUGGAAUCUGUGAGAGAAGAAUUAAAACAGAAAGGAGAUGAAGUUAAAUGUAAAUUGGACAAGAGUGAAGAAAAUGCACGCAACAUUGAAUGUGAAGUUUUAAAAAAAGAAAAACAAAUGAAGAUCUUAGAAAACAAGUGUAACAAUUUAAGGAAACAAGUUGAAAAUAAAAGCAAAUGUAUUGAAGAACUCCAGCAGGAGACUAAGGCCUUAAAAAAAAGGGGCACAGCAGAAAGCAAGCAACUGAAUAUUUAUGAGAUAAAGGUCAGUAAAUUAGAAUUAGAACUAGAAGGUGCCAAACAGAAAUUUAAGGAAAUGACUGACAGCUAUCAAAAAAAAAUUGAGGACAAAAAGAUAUCAGAAGAAAAUCUUUUAGAAGAGGUUGAGAAAGCAAAAGUAACAGCCAAUGAAGCAGUGAAAUUACAGAAAGAAAUUGAUAUACGAUGUCAACAUAAAAUAGCUGAAAUGGUAGCACUUAUGGAAAAACAUAAGCACCAAUAUGAUAAAAUAGUUGAAGAAAGAGACUCAGAACUAGGACUUUAUAAAAGCAAAGAACAAGAACAGUCAUCAGUGAAAGCAUCUUUGGAGUCUGAAUUGUCUAAUCUCAAAAAUGAACUUUUGUCUGUUAAGAAACAACUUGAAAUAGAAAGAGAAGAAAAGGAAAAACUCAAAAGAGAGGCAAAAGAAAACAUCGUUACUCCUGAAAAAAAAGAUAAGAAAAUACAGACACCUUUACUGGAAACACCGGAAACUCAUUAUUGGAAAUUUGAUUCUAAAACUGCUCCUUCACAAAAUAUAUCUCGAAACUUCACAUCAGGUGACCAUGGCAAAUCCAAAGAUAAAAGAGACUGUUUGUGGACAUCUGCCAAAAGUACUUUAUCUACACCAUUACCAAAGGCAUAUACUGUGAAGACACCAACGAAACUAAAAAUUCAGCAAAGCGAAAGCAAGAAUGUACCCACAGAAGAAAGUAAUAAAAAGAGAAAAAUGGUCUUUGAGUUUGAUAUCAAUUCAGAUAGCUCAGAAACGACUGAUCUCUUGAGCAUGGUUUCAGAGGAAGAGACAUUGAAAAAAUUAUACAAGAAUAAUAAUCCAACAACUUCUCAUCUUUGUGUCAGAACACCAAAAAAGACCCCUUCAUCUCUAACAACCCCUGGAUCUAUGCUGAAGUUUGGAGCUACAAGGAAAAUGCGGGAAGAUCGUUGGGCUGUAAUUGCUAAAAUGGAUAGGAAAAAAAAACUAAAGGAUGCAGAGAAGUUAUUUGUUUAAUCUCAGAAAAUCAGUGUGAUUAGGGAGCCUAAUAACAUGAGAUUUAUAAUUAAUUUAAAGAUGUUUUAUUUUCUGAAGAGCCAAACAUUUUCUGACAUUGAGACUUUUUUGUAUUUACAUAAUUUGUUUUUUAUGAUUUUUAUGUUUUGGCCUAAAAUUACCACAUUACCUGAAACC